CCUUAUUCUGUCUGUAAUAAACUUGCCAAAUCUGAAAUCUAUUUGCAGACCAAUCCAAUCCCUUCCUCGCUUUUGUGCUCCACGAACAUUUAUUUGAGGUUGAGGGAAUGGUGAAGGAGAGUGAGUAUUACGACGUGUUAGGCGUCAAGACUGAUGCCUCAGCUGCUGAGAUUAAGAAAGCUUAUUAUAUCAAAGCAAGGCAAGUUCAUCCAGACAAGAAUCCUAAUGAUCCUCAAGCUGCUAAAAACUUUCAGGCACUAGGUGAAGCUUACCAAGUUCUUAGCGAUCCGGAGAAACGAACUGCUUAUGAUAACUACGGCAAAGAAGGUGUUCAACAGGAUGCAAUGGUUGAUCCUGCAGCUGUGUUUGGCAUGCUCUUUGGUAGUGAGUUGUUUGAGGACUACAUUGGCCAACUUGCUCUUGCUUCCAUUGCAUCACUCGACGCUGAAGUAGAAUCCCAUGAGCCUGAGAUUAGGAAAAAAUUACUUCAAGACAAGAUCAAAGCGAUGCAAAAGGAAAGGGAAGACAAGCUUGUCACUACGCUGAAGAACAAACUCGAACCAUUCGUGGAAGGACAAACCGAUGAAUUUGUGAAUUGGGCUACCGCUGAGGCAAGGCGACUCUCAACAGCUGGUUUUGGGGAAGCAAUGCUGCACACUGUGGGUUACAUUUACACAAGAAAAGCUGCGAAAGAACUCGGAAAGGACAAACGUCUCAUGAAAGUGCCCUUCUUAGCUGAGUGGGUGCGUGACAAAGGCCACCAGAUCAAAUCUCAAGUGAUGGCUGCUUCUGGUGCGGUUUCGUUACUUGUGUUGCAGGACGAAGUGAGCAAGCUGAACCAGGGAGAGAACAAAGAGGAGCAUAUUCAGAAGGCCAUUGAAGCUAAAAAAGAUGCAAUGCUUCAGUCCCUUUGGCAAAUCAAUGUGCUUGACAUCGAAUCAACCUUAUCUCGCGUCUGCCAAGCGGUGCUUAAAGAUCCGAGUGUUUCAAAAGAUGUUCUUCGAACUAGAGCAAGAGGGUUGAGGAAGCUCGGAAACAUUUUCCAGGGUUCUAAGAAACCGUACUCCAGAGAAAAUAGCUUGCGCCACGAAGAUGCCGCCGUGAAACUUGAUGCCGGAGAUUCCUCUAAACCGGCGACUUAAAGUUAGCGGUUCGAACCAAAGUGAUCGGUUAUUGAAUGUAUUUAAUGUUUAUGUGAAGUGGAGGUUUCGUCUUUAAAUUCUCUUUCUUUUCUUUAUUGAAUCUUUUACCUUCCGUGUUGGCUUUCACAAGGUCGCGUGUUCUGUAAGGUACUUGUUACAUGGACAAUGGUUAUUUCGUGUUUUUAAUAAGUUGGCCCCUCGAAUAUAAUAAAAUUUCUA